AUGAUUUCAAAAACUCCACUAACAUUGUUUUACAAUUAUAUACAUAUAAUUAUAUUAACUGUUAUAUUUAUUAUUUUCUUAUCAAUUCUUAUAUAUCUCUAUGUAAAUUUCCCACCAUUAUUAGAUAAUGAAAAGAAAAUUCUCAAAUUACCAACAAGUAUAGAUGAUGCAAAAUCCUUAGGCAAACUUUUAUCAGCCUAUCAAAAUAAUUAUUAUUAUUAUCUCUUAUUUGUAUUUGCUCUCUCUUAUAUUUUUCUACAAACAUUUGCUAUUCCUGGAUCCUUAUUUUUAAAUGUUUUAUCAGGUUAUUUAUACUCAUUUCCACUUGCAUUGCUUUUAGUUUGCACAUGUUCUUCAAUUGGUGCUUCCUUAUGUUAUUUUUUAUCAAAUUUUGCUGGCAAAAAGUUAAUAAAUUAUUACUUUCCUAAUCACAUUUCUGAUUUAUCUGCAAAGGUCAAUAAGCAUAGAUCUAACAUCUUAAAUUAUAUAAUAUUUUUGAGGAUAACUCCCAUUUUGCCUAAUUGGUUGAUAAAUCUUGUGUGCCCAAUUUUAAACAUUCCUUUAAAACCUUAUUUCAUUGGAACAUUUUUAGGCGUAGCACCACCUUCAAUUCUAGCCAUCCAAAUGGGCAAGACCCUUCUUAAUAUGACGGCAUACCCAGAUGAUGACACAAAUAAUAAUUCGAUAUUCGACUUAAAAUCCAUGGCAUUUUUAUUGAUAUGUGCUUUGUUUUCCCUCCUGCCUCUCGUGUUUAAACAUCGAUUUUCCCAAAAAUUUGAUUAAUUUAUUUAUUAUUACAGGCACAAUUUUUUUCUAGAGUAGAAAUUUUUUAAAGCGACUUAUUUAUAUAUAACUAUAUUAAAGCAAAAAUUAGAUAAUUUUUAUCGAAAUUGAGUAGAGCAAAAAUCUUAUAUUUUGUGGUCCUAUAAAUAUAAAUGUUUUUUGUGGAACCUAGGAAGAGUUCCUGGUCUUAAUAUUUCCCAAAAAGCGGUUUUCGUUUCUGAAAAUUUUAAGAGAGUUUUAAAUUUGAUUUGGUUCCGAAGGUUCUAAAUCCGGUUAAUAAGCCAUCAAAAAAAAUAAAAUGAGUUACAAAAUCGUUGAACUUUUAAA